AUGUCGUCUAUGGUCAUGCCCUACCCACAACAGCCUCCCUACCCCCUCUCUCGUCCCUCCACUCCCCGGCCGUCCGCGCCCCUCUCGGCGCCCCCGACGCCCAUAACUCCGACUCACUUGCUCCCUGCUGCUAUGGAGCGAGCGAGGAGUACCGAGAGUGUUGUCUCUGGCGCCAAUCAGGCCCAAAGCGAUACUCAAGAAAGCAAACAGCCACGGGAGCCGAAAGCUACUCGGCUAAAAUACGAAUGGGAGCACCUCGAGAGCUCUACCUCGACUCCCUCCGAUACUCAAGGUGAUGGUGAUAAGAAGGACUCGGAUCGGAUGGAUGUGGACGAAGAUGUAGCUGGACCUUCUGGCUACCUGGGCGCCGAUCUUGGAGAGCCCGUGAGCACUUACAAAGAGGAACAAGCGCAGAGGGAAGAGGCAAUUGCGUCUAUGGACUCGCCAGCUGUAGAGAAGGAAGCAGAGCUGCACCCUUUGGUAUGGGGCAUGCCAAAAUGGGGCAGGGAGCCUGAGCGGAAAGAAGUCGCCCGAGGCGUCAGGCUUCUGGGUGUGGAAGAACUGCCUCGGUUGAUGGAGGCUCAUUCGUUGAUUGAUACGCCUAGCUCAAUCAUGUUUCCUUGGCUGCAUGGUAUCAGUGACGACGGACAGAAGGGUCGGGAUAUGGCCAACUUCUUUGGCCAUUCUCCGCCGUUUGAGCCACCUCCUUACCGUGGACUGAGUGUCAUGUUCUGCCCGCCUCACCAUCUCGACCAUCAAGUGAAACUCAUGCCGAACAGCACUUCCCGCGACCACACCGCGCCUUACGAGAUCCCCCAUCAUAAAGGUUCAGAGACCGAUUUAUCUUCUUCGUCGUCUUACUACUCUACCGGGACCACCAUAGCCACUUCCGCUCCGAGCCUGGGCAACUCUCUGCCUUCACCAAUGAAGUCGCCCCUCAAAUCGCUUCCCGAAGUCGAAGACAGCCAGGACGAAAAGAACACUGGUGAGAGUGACGUGACCGUCGACGUCGCCAUGCACCCCUGCAACACGAAACGUCUCUCUCCGAUGGCAGUCUCUAAGGGCUUCGACGAGGAGCACCAUCCUCUUCCUUGUGAGAGCACAGAUGCUGCGGCAGCAGAGCAAGACGUGCCUUCUUCCGCCGCGUCCGACGCGAGCUCGGAAAUGCUGUUGACCCUCGAAGAUCGCCCCUCGUGCAUCUUGUUCAACGCUCUUCAUGUCCAUGACGUGUUUGAGCUGCGCAGGCAUCAUGAUCACCCUAACAAGAAGCCGCGAUUCAGACCAGCGAGGUUGCCGGAACAGAUCAAUUUGAGGAAUCUCAAUAUACAGCAGAUCAAGUAUUCGUCAGUGUCUGAUAUCGUGCUGUAUUGCAAAUCUGGUCUGGGACCUGGUGUGCUCCAGACCGCCGAGGAGAUCGCGCAAGCGCAAGAAGAUCUGUAUCAGCAAAGGUCGGAAGAAUUCUACUCGCAUGUCAAAGACUCUCGAAACCCUGGCGAAGGUAGUAGCGAGCCUAUACGUUACGGUGUUUGGGUCGUAGUCGAACCAUUCCACAAGUUGGAAAAGAAGUGCCCCGAACUCGUCUUGAUUGACUCUCAGGGCCGACAGGCUGUUUCUCAUCUCCAAACUGAUCUCUUUGAUCGAGAAGCCAAGGAAAGCAGGGCGAUGACGAGAGGCUCCGAGGUCGUUGAAGGCUUCUGGGUGGGCAAUGAUUGUGACAUGCCAGGCCACACGCCUGACGGUGUCGGCGCUUCCGUCCGUUUCGACCUUUGCCUUAAAGCUUCGGAAUGUGCCGAGAUGCCUUCUGCAUCGACCCUUUCGAUGGUACAGCGCAAACUCCUCGAGCUCGACCAACACAGAGGACCCACCGAAGAAGCCACUCAAGCACAGACGACUUUCAAUUGGACAGCCUCGCCGGCCACGCUAGCUUUGCGGAACUUGUUGACGGCAGGUCCAGCGAGCAACGAGGUUCCCGCCAAAAGGACGGCCUCGCCCUCAGCUGAAGAUCGUAGUUCCAAAGCUCGAGCGCUUCCUAUGGAGUACCAGUUUGUCGGUUUGGAGUGCUCGGGCAGCUGUCGUACCAUCACCGGUCAGACGCGCAAUCUCAACACCAUGACAGACCGUGUCGUUGAGCUCGUCUACUUUUUGCGCAAGAUCAUCGAAGGAAGGGAUAAUGGCAAGAAACGCAAGGUGCUUGUGCACUGCCAAGAUGGGUAUACAGAGUCGAGCAUCGUCGUUCUGUCUUACAUCAUGUCGAGCUUGUCCAUCUCACUUCCCGAGGCGUUUUUGCAUCUGCAGAUAACUGGCAACAGGUCCUUUUUCGUCUAUCCCGCCGACAAGCCUCUUUUGCGAAAGAUUGACGCUCGCUUGGCAAACGACAGGAAAGCCAAGGCUGUCAAGUUCUUGAGUGCUACCAGUAUCUCUUCCAGCAGCGUACGCGAAGCUGAAGAACGGCACCCUAGCUCGAGUCCCCGCUGGCGCUCUUGGGGUAUGACCUUUGGCAACAAGAAAGAGCCUGCGAACGGUAAAAUCGCGUCUAUCAAGGAGAAAGACGGAGGCGGGGCAAAGUUGACGGUAGAUGCGGCGAAAGAGAUGUUGGCAGAGUAUGAGGAGGGAGGGAGCUUGGCAGCGAGGCAGGCGAGGGUAUGGUUCGAUGAUAGGAGGUUUGAUGGGUUCCCGUCGAGGAUUCUGCCUUUCCUAUAUCUCGGUAAUCUGGAACAUGCUGGGAACGCCGAUAUGCUCGUAUCUUUGGGCAUCGAUCACGUAGUCAGCGUGGGCGAAAGUCUCUUGGGAGGUCCUCCAAACCCUCACGGUAGCUCGCCCGACAAUACGCUCGCCUCGGCUGCCCGGGCGGGCAAGAUCAAGGUGCUAGAUUUGAUGGAUGUGCGAGAUGACGGUAAUGAUCCUUUGCGUCCUGUCAUUGCUCAUGCUUGCGAGUGGAUUGAAGCGGCGAGGCAGAGCGGUGGCAAGAUCCUUGUGCAUUGUCGCGUUGGUGUGAGCAGGAGCGCGAGCAUCGUGAUCGCCUAUAUGAUGCAGCACGAAAAGUUGGGCCUCAUGGACGCAUACAUGACCUGCCGAGCCCGAAGAUUGAAUGUCCUUAUCCAACCCAAUCUCCGAUUCUUCCACGAACUCUUCGGGUGGGAAGUUGAGUUGGCCAAACGCGAGGCGGAAGCUGGCAAGAAGCGCCGUUACGAAGCGGAACAGAAGGGCGUGAGAGAUCCCCAUGCGCUCAAGUUGAUUGAAGAUGAACCUAGGAGGAUUGUACAUUCCUGGCCGAGCUUCUGUCGCGAUUUGUAUUGCUUGAACAGGAGAUUCCUGUGUAACUGA